ACCAAUCCUCCUCUUCCAUGGCUGUUUCUCAAUCCCCCAUCAUGGCUUCCUUUUUAUUCUCUUUCUUCUUCCUUUUAGCCGCCCUAUUCUCCGCCUCCGCCUCCGCUGCCGACAUGUCCAUCAUCAGCUACGGGGAUCGUCUCGAGAAGAGGACGGACGCGGAGGUCAUGGCGGUGUACGAGGCGUGGCUGGUGAAGCAUGGGAAGUCGUACAACGCGUUGGGGGAGAGAGAGAGGCGUUUUGAGAUUUUCAAGAAUAAUCUCAGGUUCAUUGAGGAGCAUAACGCUGUGAACCGGACUUACAAGGUUGGGUUGAAUAGGUUCGCCGAUCUGACCAACGAGGAGUACCGGUCGAGGUAUUUGGGCAGGCGCGAUGAGACCCGGCGGGGUUUGAGAGCGAGCAGGGUUAGCGAUCGGUAUUCCUUUCGGGCCGGCGAAGACUUGCCGGAGUCGGUGGACUGGAGGGAGAAAGGCGCCGUUGUUCCUGUGAAGGAUCAAGGCAACUGCGGGAGUUGCUGGGCAUUCUCGACCAUUGCUGCUGUGGAAGGGAUAAACCAAAUAGCAACGGGGGAUCUGAUCUCUCUAUCAGAGCAGGAGCUGGUGGAUUGUGAUAAGUCAUACAACCAAGGAUGCAAUGGAGGUCUCAUGGACUAUGCUUUUGAAUUCAUCAUCAACAAUGGUGGCAUUGAUAGCGAAGAAGAUUACCCUUAUCGGGCGGCUGAUACAACCUGUGAUCCUAACCGGAAAAAUGCUCGGGUUGUGUCCAUUGAUGGAUAUGAAGAUGUUCCACAAAAUGAUGAGGGAUCCUUGAAGAAAGCUGUGGCAAAUCAACCAGUUAGUGUUGCCAUCGAAGCCCGUGGCAGGGCUUUCCAACUCUACCAGUCAGGUGUAUUUACUGGUCAGUGCGGGACACAAUUGGAUCAUGGUGUAGUUGCUGUGGGAUAUGGUACAGAAAAUGGUGUGGACUACUGGAUUGUUAGGAACUCAUGGGGCCCUAACUGGGGGGAGAGUGGAUAUAUCAAGUUGGAGCGUAAUUUGGCCGGCACUGAAACUGGCAAGUGCGGGAUUGCAAUAGAACCCUCUUACCCAAUCAAGAAUGGGCAGAACCCUCCUAACCCCGGUCCAUCCCCUCCUUCUCCUUCCAAGCCAAGUGUAGUCUGCGAUGAAUACUACACAUGCCCUGAGGAAAGCACAUGCUGUUGUAUCUAUGAGUACGCUGGUUUCUGCUUUGAAUGGGGAUGCUGCCCUCUUGAGGGUGCCACCUGUUGUGACGACCAUUACAGCUGCUGCCCUCACGAAUAUCCCGUCUGUGAUGUUGAUGCUGGAACCUGCCAAAUGAGCAAGGGCAACCCAUUGUCGGUAAAAGCAUGGAGGCGAACCCCUGCUAGACCCGUUUUUGCUCCCCGGCCUGUUAUUGAGGUCAUCUAGUGUGUGCGUGGAGGAAAAGUCAAAGGGGCUGCAACUAUGAACAGAUUGUUCAUCAAGCUCUGUCAGAGCUCAUUGGAUAAUUACAGCAUACUUCCCAUGGAUUGAUUUAAUGUGUUAUGGGGUUCAUAUUGAUUGCUACUGUAAAUAGCCGUUUAUGUCUCCAACCCACAGGGUGGACUAGUUUAAGUUAUUUAGUUUCAAUUUGCUUAGGUAACAAUCAAGAAGGAUCAUUUUAUGACCCCUUAUUAUUGAUCCUAAAUUUAUCUUAUAACAUCCCUUUAAUGUUACAACCUCCAACUCUUUUCGUUA